AUCGCUCCAACCGGGUUGACGCUGUUUUGACACGCCGCAGAUGAAUUUACGUCACAACGUCGAUUUAAGUGGCUUCUGUGUUCCUGUCUUGGCCAAGAUGAUCUGCAUUUUCUUCUUCUCGUUGCUUCUGCACGAGGGAACCGUACACAGCUCUCGGCUGGUCGAAACGGACGCUUUCCAAGAAUGGUCAACGCUAGAUUCGAGCCAUUACUUUGAUACAACAAUCCCGUCGAACGUGACGGGACUCGUUGGUGACACCGUUGAACUGAUGUGCAAAGUGAAAAACCUGGGGAAUAAAACCGUGUCAUGGAUGAGACAUCGAGACAUACACCUUUUAACGGUCAGUAAUUACAUCUAUACGAGUGAUCAACGUAUCCAGACUAUUCACAAGUCUAAUACAGAGGAGUGGGUGCUGAGGAUACAGAAUCCGCAGAAAAAGGACUCUGGUAUCUACGAGUGUCAAAUAUCCACCACCCCUCCCGUGGGUCAUCGCGUUUAUCUAACAGUGGUUGAGCCAGAGACGGAGAUCUCCGGAGGUCCUGACCUGUUCAUCAACAAGUACAGUACGAUAAAUUUGACGUGCCUGGUGAAAUUCGCCCCCGAACCACCGUCCACGAUCGUCUGGAGCCAUAAUCACGAGCCGAUUAACUUCGAGUCGCCGAAGGGUGGCAUCAGUCUGAUCACCGAGAAAGGACCUGUAACUUCCAGCCGUCUGCUAAUUCAGAAGGCGAUCGAGAAAGACUCAGGCCUUUACACGUGUUCGCCGAAUAACACUCGUCCUAACAGCGUGCGGGUUCACAUUGUCGAUGAACAUCCGGCGGCGAUGCAUCACGGCGCCGGCCACAGAAUAGCUGCGACUUUACUUCAUUUUCUUUUACUUAUUUUCGGGAUCAUUUAGCCGGUGCUCGGUCUCGACAAGUGGUCUUCCCUGCGAAUUGUUUCCGCGUUAUCGAUCAUACUCGAUUCAGUUUAUCUCUAUUCCAACGAUGUCUGAACUUGGCCGCUCGCUUCGAGCAUCUUCGUUUUCCUUUUAUUUCUAUUUCGUACCUCUUCAAUUUUAUUGCUUUCCUAAGUGUGUCAUCGUUUCAUUUUGCGUUCAGUUGAUUUAUUUUUCUUUGGAAAAUCAUAUAGACCAUCCUCGUGCGAAAACAAUUUUUCUUUGCACGUAUAUACCUAUCCUAAUGUUUCGGAAUAUCCUGUAGACAGUGAUUUAAUUUCCGCGCUUGUUUUCCUUGCCUCGGCAUGCACGACACGAGAUCGCGCACUGGUUCGUGUGAAAUUGUUCUUUUCGGUAGGAAAACAGACGAUGUGUUUUUUCUUUUUCUUUUUUUUUUUCCCACUGCAACAGACGAGCUCGACAAUCGUUUCGGAUUGAACCAUUGAAUUCGUAUUCGUUGCCGUUGUUAGUCCACGCUCGGAAACGUUUUACGGAUCGGACAGACGUUUUUAACGAGCCUUUUACACGCCGAUCGACCAGCAACAAGCAGUUAGACGAAACUUCGAUGAUGGAAUCAGUAACCGAGUUACAGACUGACGUAUAUUUAAUUAAAUAAAAAAAACAACCGCAUUGUUGGCAACAAUGGCGGGGAAACGUCGACAAGGUGCUCCAAUAAUAAACUUCCUUCUCCCUUGUUGACGAAACUUUACCGUACUUCCCUCGGUUUCGAUACGUUCACCUCGAAGCGACUUCCUAUCCAGGCAAACUCGUUACGUUCUAUUUCUGCCUUCGACAAAUGGAAUCAAUGUUACAAGGAAACGCGGAGUCUUUCGUGUCAUAAGACGUGGCAUAAGAAACGAGUGAAUUCGCUUCGAAGAUAAAACUCGAUCCUUCUCGCAUUCUUCCAUGUCUUUUCAUAUGAUUUUUGGAACACCCUGUACGUACGUUUUUUGAAAAAGUAAAUCAACAGAUUCUUGCGACUUUCAGUUCGCGAGAUUAACAGAUAUUCCAAUAUACGAGUAAAUAAGUUCGAUAGAAAAUGCUAUCGAUUCGUUCGACGAAUUAACGAGAAAUCGUAACGCGAAGGAUUUUCUUGGUAAACAGUAAACUGAAAGUUUCGUUUCAUUUUUGAAAUAGAAAUGUUUACAGAGGGUACAGCAAUGUGUGCCAGGAGUUAAGGAAAAAGAGCGUUGCUAAAGGAUUAAGGAAAGAAACGGGAGGAACAGUUUGCUCGAAAGCUGUGUCGGGCCAUUCGUACUGAUUACUACUUAAUUUUGCUCUUUUUUUUUACCGAGUCUAAACCAUCGUGAUUACGGUGAACUGCGAUUACUUCCUUUUCUGCAGUUUUCUUCCUACGUUCGAGUUACUGUUUUACUGUACACAACUUCGCCGUGAAAGGAAGGAAAAAUAUCGUUCAGCGAGCAAAUGGAAGGAAAAUAUUUGCUCGAAUAAAAAAGAUGUUUUGUCAAUCUGAACCAGGACGAAGAUUAACUUUUUUUUUUUCGCGGAUAUCGCGAAAGGACGAAUUGAAAAUUUAUUGCAUCGUUUGAUUCAGAAUAUCUCUUUUGUAUACAGAAAUUGAAAAGUAACGCACGAAUUUCUUCCCACAAUUUUACAUUUUAUGGAAAUGGAAAAAAUCAAUUGUUGAAUUUGAAGCGCGAAUAUUCAGAAACGUGCAGUAACUUACAGUAAUUCGAAUAUUCGUUCAGAUAAUUAAAAAUUCUAAGAUAACUUUGUUGAGUUUAAAGCGUGAAUAUUUAAUUUUUCAUUUUUCACAUUACUGACCCUCUACAACACCUCGUGAAAGUUUGAUAUAAUGUAGCAAGAGUUUUUGAUUUAAAUUUAUAGCAUGCUUUCUUGCAUUUUUCAUCGUGUCUGGCUUGAAAUAUAAAUUACUCGUGAAAAUUUCAUUCGCCUUAAAAUUUUGGGCGAAUAGAUGUAUAAAUCGCUGUAAGUUGAAUAUAAUUAACUGCCAUUAUCUGUACGCGUAAUAGUCGUGGUUUUGUUGUAUCUAAGGGACCAUGAAGGUUAAGCAAAGACAGAUGGUCCAAUUAUCCUGAUUAACGAGUGUUAUUUGGAAAAUAAGACACGGACGUUCGUAAACCAUAGCAAAAACUCCAUGGUACUCUUUUGAUUGCGACACGAUACCAUUAGUCGUAAGUCUUUUUACAAAAUUUGAAAGAUAAAGAGAGAAGCACCCGUUAGUCGUACGCGAUAUUAAAUGCUAUUAGUCAAAAAUGGUAAAAUUAGAUAAGUCUUCUUUAUCUAAGAAAUUUUUUACGAAUGUACAUAAAUAGAUAAGAAAGUGAGAAUCUUCUAUAGCGACGUAUCUCCCCUUUGUAGCGAUUGAUUAAAUAAAACAGAAGAGUCUGUUCGGUGUUAUUCUAAAAAGUGUUUAAAAGAAAUAACAGUUUACAUGGAUCGUUGUUAUUUUUAAUAAUUUACGAGAAAUAAAGUAUUCGUCACGGACUGCCCUUGUUCUUAUUACCGAAAGUAACAAAUUUUCCUGAUAACACUCCCUCCUAUCUUCAUCAGUGGUUUGUUGCUUGAAAAAUUUUUAUCCUCAUCAAUAUUUAAUGAGGUUUCUUGUUAAACGGCACCGAGCUCCCUCGAGAAUAUAUAAAAUUAUUGAUAGCGGUGUGUUUAAUCAAGAACGAUACAACCUCAACCUUCCCCUUUUCACGGUACAUUGAGAACAAAGCAGAAUAUAUUCGCAAACGAAAAAGGGUCGUGAUAUAAAAAAAGAUUCAGAAAACAGUGAUCUAGUUAUACCGAAUUCAAGUGUAAGUAGAAUAAAGCGAAGGACGAAUAAAAUUAUCGAGAGUGGUCUCAUUUUCAGCCUGGAAAGCAUUCGAGUAUAUAUCGAGGGAGCCGGUAAGCGUGAAACGGUCGCGAAACAGCCCUUUCUUUCUCUCUAAGCCCUUUCUUUUUUCUCGUUUCAAGUUACCGUCGCCAGUCGACGUCGCAUUUCCAAGGAGCCGUUUUAAUUAAUCCGCGAGCGCCGACUGACGCUAAUUACCCCUCUCUGCACCGAGACUUUUUCGCACGUUCUCCGCUUUGUAACAUCAACCGGUCAUCCUCUUCAAUCUUCCGUUAGAUUUCACCUGCCGUAGGCGUGCACUUGGAUCGCCCUCUUUUUCUUCUCAUUCCCUCCCCCUCCCCCGCCAAUUUUUCUAUUUUCACUCCUACUUCACCUCCCACCCUCUCUUUCGUGAGUAUACAGUUUUUGUUCGCGGUUUAAUGACGCGAGAAAAUAUCUUCACCGUUGAAAAAUUCGACGGCCCCUUGAUAUUCUGAUCCUUCUUUAAUUAGUUCCAACAGCGAGCUGCUUAACCAACCGAGAGAUCCGAUUUAGCGGUCUAUUUUGCAACGAAUAUCGCUUCUUCAUUUUUUUUUUCGCGCACCAUAAUCACACGUGAUAAUUCUUUUAAUCGACUCGUUGCUUA